AUGGAUGCGGCGGCGGCGCCGCCUGGGAGCGGGCGCCGCGCCGGGAUCGGGUCGCUAAGCGAGGGCGACGUUACGCCGGACGGACGCGGGGAAGGGGAGGCUGCCGCUCCGCCUGAACGCCAGUCUCCGGCCGGCCCGCGGAGGGCCCUCCCCGACGCGACCGUCGCUGCCCGGGAGGCCGGGGAUAGCGACGUGGGCCCUGUCCCCACUAACCGAGCGCGGGGUCCGCCCCACCGCGGGGCAGUCCCCACCCUCACUCCCGCGAGAAGCUGGGUAUCGCUGCCGCGGCCACGGGAGCACAGGGGCCGCUCGAGGGUCGCAGGUCCUGGAGCCGGGAUCGCAGCCCGCCGCCAGCCGCUCUCCCACCUCGCCGCCCCUCUCCCGGCAGAGACCCGAAGGCCCGUGGCACGGGAUCGGAGAAGGAGGCUGCUCGCCGCUGCUCCGAGGGAACCGGGUCGGACGCCGCGCCUGCCCCGCGCCGUGGGUCUACACUGACCGGGGAGCGCGGUUGGGUCGUCUUCGGUUCCCCCCGGAAGAACCGCGUCGGACGCCGCGCCUGCCCCCGCCGUGGGUCUACACUGGCCGGGGAGCGCGGUUGGGUCGUCUUCGGUUCAACCAGAAGUACCGCGUCAGACGCCGCGCCUGCCCCCGCCGUGGGUCCACACUGGCCGGGGAGCGCGGUUGGGUCGUCUGCGGUUCUCCAGAGGGUCCUGAAAACCCUGUCGCCAGAAAUCUCCGCGCGCAUGCUGUCCUUGCCCGGCGAGAGCAGAUGGCGUCUCGGGCGCCGGCGCCGGCGCCGCGACAGGCCGGCGUCUCGGAAGCCCCUGGCGGCCAGACGCGGCAGGCUCGCUCCGGUGAGAGGCUCCGCGGCUCCCCGGUCGUGCCGGUCUACCCAUGCGCCGCGGCGGCGGUAGACCGUUCCCGGCGCCCGGCCUCUGCUUCUCGGCGACGGGCGGAGGGUGGGAAGGCCGGGGAAGGGCAGGCUUCCGGGCGUCUGUGGGGUCCGGCCCCGCCCGCUCCAGGGGCGAGGUUGCCGGUGGCCCCGGUCUACCGGCCGGCAAGCGGGGAUGGCUCGGCCGGUCUUCCCGGCGGAAGGAGCGGAAGCGCCGGCCGUUUUCCGGGGGGGGGGGCGGCCGUGUCUCGCUCCCCGCCGGAGGGGCCGGCAGCGUGGCCCGUUCUUCCUGCGGCCGCUGGCGGCUCUCGCUCUCCCCCGGUGGUCCACUACUGGCCGGGGAAGCUGGGACGUGGCGGUCCCCUUCCCAGGACGGAAGGCUUUCCCGGUCUACCGCUGGGAGGUCUGUCGGCUGCCCGGUCCCGCCGUUCUCCACCCGGCCGAGGCGGCUGGGGCUUUCCGGUCCUCCCCGGUCUCCCCGCCGCCGCCGGAGGCCCGCCGACCGCCCGGUCUACUCGCGAGGGCCCCGGUCCUCUCGGCGGCGGCCUUGCCAGCCCCCUUCCGAGAACGGGGGUCCUCCCGGUCUACCGUCCGAAGGCCCGGUCUGCUUCUCGCGUCCACGGUCACCCCGUUCUGGCCCGGGGCUGGCAGCGGUGCCCGGUCUCCCGGCCCUGGGCUCUGCUGGCCGUGGAGGCUGGGUCCUGCCGGUCUACCCCCGAGGAAGGGAGGCUUCCCGGUCGACCCGCCGUCGGGGAGGGGCAGGCGACGUUGCCCGGUCUCCCGGCCCUCGGCUCCCCUCCGGUCUACCGGCCGAGAAGGCUGGGGCUUGCCGGUCUUCCUCCGAGAUGGUGGGGCUUCCCGGUCAACCCACCGGGAAGCGCGGCUUCGCCGGACUACCUGGCGCACGGCGCGGAACCGCUGGCCGGUCUACUGGGCGCCGGCCCUCGGGAAGCCCGGUCUCCCGGCCCUCGGCUCCCCUCCGGUCUACCGGCCGGGAAGGCUGGGUCUUGCCGGUCUUCCUCCGAGAUCGUGGGCCUUCCCGGUCUACCUGCCGGAAAGGGCGCCUCUGCCAGGCUUCCUGGCGUCCGGCGCGGCACCGCUGGCCGGUCUACUCGGUGUCAGGCCCGGUGGGCUCCUCGCGUCCACGCACACCACACCACACCACGCCCUGCCUGCCUGCCUGCCUGCCUGCCUGCCUGCCUGCCUGCCGCCUGACCAGCGCUCCUAAACAAAGGAACAGGCUCUUGCCCGGUCUACCUGGAAGGCAGGGAGCGGACGGCCACCCUCCCCGCCAGCCUGCCUGCCUGCCUGCCUGCUUGCUCGCCGCACGGUCUGGGGCUUCCAGGUCCACCUAAGAGGAGGAAACGGCUUCCCGGUCUACCCUCCAUGGGGCCGGGAGGCGCCGGUCCACUAGGCGGGGGGCGCGCGUGCCUGGAGCCGCUGCCCGGUCUACCUGCCUUCGAAGGGGGGGGGCUCUGGCCGGUCUUGCGAGAACGGUAGACUUUCCGGUCUACCUGCCGGAAAGCGCGGCUCUGCCGGGCUACCUGGCGUACGGCGCGGAACCGCUGGGCGGUCUGCUGGGCGCCGGACCUCGGUGAGUACGGUCUCCCGGCCGGAGGGGCUGGCGGCGUUGCCCGGUCUCCCGCCCCUCGGCUCCCUCCGGUCUACCGGCCAGGAAGGCUGGGGUUUGCCCAUCUUCCUCCGAGAUCGUCGUGGCUUCCCGGUCUACCCACCGGAAAGCGAGGCUCUGCCUGCCUGCCUGCCUGCCUGCCUGCCUGCCUGCCUGCCUGCCUGCUUGCUCGCCGCAGUGCCUGUGGCUUCCAGGUCUACCUCCGAGGAGAAAGGUCUUCCUGGUCUACCCUCCUUGGGCCCGGCAAACGCCGGUCCACACGGCGGUGGGCCUGGAGCGGCUGCCCGGUCUUGUUGUCGGCGGAGGUGGGCGGGCUGGGUGGUCCCGGUCUUCCUCCGAGAUCGUGGGGCUUCCCGGUCUACCGACCGGAGAGCGCGGCUCUGCCGGGCUACCUGGCGCACGGCGCGCGACCGCCGGCCGGUCUACCGGGCGCCGGACCUCGGGAAGCCCGGUCUCCCGGCCCUCGGCUCCCCCCGGUCUACCGGCUGGGAAGGCUGGGGUUUGCCGGUCUUCCUCCGAGAUCGUGGGGCUUCCCGGUCUACCCACCGGAAAGCGCGGCUCUGCCGGACUACCUGGCGCACGGCGCGCGACAGCUGGCCGGUCUACUGGGCGCCGGACCUCGGUGAGCCCCGUCUCCCGGCCCUCGGCUCCCCUCCGGUCUACCGGCCGGGAAGGCUGGGGUUUGCCGGUCUUCCUCCGAGAUCGUGGGGGCUUCCCGGUCUACCCACCGGAAAGCGCGGCUCUGCCGGGCUACCUGGCGCACGGCGCGCGACCGCUGGCCGGUCUACUGGGCGCCGGACCUCGGUGA